AUGCAGGACACAAAUUUGCUGCCGAACGUUCACCUCAGCAGGACAGGACAACCUGCAGAUUUCAGACUGACACACAGGCUCCUCGGCGGGUGUAGCGGAAAAGCAUGCGGUAAUGGGUCAACCGCGUCUAUUCAACCAGCCGACGAAUACUACAGAGAAGAGAACAUGUACAGAAACCCGAGUCCGGCGCAGCAAGCAAGGAGCCGAGUCGGAGCAGCUACGCAAACAGUGAAGUGUUCUUGCAGCUCCCACUACAAAUGCCCAAGUCGAGGACAGGCACACGAGCAGGAGCAAAAGCAGCUGCUAGGGCAGACAGCCGGCUUCAACUCUCUCAACGAGCGCAGCAGCUGCCUUCAUGAGGCGCACGGAGGGAUAGUUGCCGCGCCCUGUGCUGCCUCAAGCCAUCCUGAACGAGAUGCUUGUGAAGCAGCAGUUGGGCGUUCUCUUUCUGAAGCGUCUGCUGCUGAAAAGUUCCAGGAAAAGCUGAACUGCGAAGGCGAUGAAGACGCAAGACCCGCUGCAGCAGAACCGUCAGCCUUUAGGUCUGCCAGUCAGUGCGCCAGCCUAAGUACCAACGUAGACAGCGAAACAGCUGAAAGCAUAUUUCGCGACUCACAUUUAAAUUCGUCCUUUGUUGGGGGGCCCCCUCCGCGGUCUCGUGAGUGGGGAGGCCUGCCAACCCACAACGGCCUUUACCGCAGGGCAUGCGUGGAAAUGCACAAAGCCUCAACGUCGUCAGCAAAGCAAACCGACUCCAAAGACGAAUGCGCAGAGGCUGCCCAGACGGGGAGGGCUGCACUUGAUGCACCCCUUAGACAAACUUUUGAAGCAUCGUCUCUGGGCGCCUCGUGGGAUGCAUCGCAGCUCGGGAGCGCAGCAGCCUCAGUAGCCUCAACGGGGGAGCCGUGCUCCGUAUGCUGCAGCAGCAGCAGCCUCCGCGCAUCUGCCAACCUGCGAGACCGAAACAGGCGGCAACCACCUGACGGCUCGCGACCCUGCGCGACUGAACUGAACCCUUCUUGGGAGGAGUGCGAGAGAUGCAGUGCCAGCCAGUGCGACGCAGAGGAAGGACAUCCCCUAGAAAGAAGCGCUCUGGGAGGGUUAGAAGGACCAGAAGCUGCCUUAAGAGAAGCGCCGCCAGAAGAAUGCGCAACUUGGGGCCAGCAGCUGUGCGACUGCCUGCCCCCUUACAAAGACUGUGGGAACGCCAGAGAACACAGCGAACAAACAACUGUCAGCACAGCUCUCGCCAGUAGCAGUACUCAGCUCCCAAGCGCUUCAUCUCCCGUGCCGGACCGUCGACCUUCGUGCAGCUGCUCCCCCAUCUCGGACGCCUGCAGCAGCGGGGUUUCCGCCUGUGCAGGCAUGCCCGGGCGCCCCAGCAGUGACGCGUCGGUACAGCUAAGCGUCAGCGAGGAGUCACGGUGUGCAACACCGCAGCUAGCCCCCCCGAUUAACCGCUCAAUAAACGGAAGCCAGGGGCAACCUGAGGAAACCCGCGCAUGCAUCGCUGGGUUGCACCGGAGGAAAAUUCGGCUCUUAAAGACAUCUGGAGGCGACAGCCACAGCAGCAGCGCCUUAAACUUUAUGAUGGACUUUGGGGCUUUGGGCUUCCUACCUUCGAUGCCGGUGUUGAAUAUCGCAGCUCGCAUCAUACAGAGGCACUGGAGAAGGGCGCGCUAUCGUCUCAGGGCCCCCACUAUUGCUGGGGAGCUUCAGAAGGCCUCAACAGUAACAGAUGAACAAGUGCGGCAGCAGCACACCGGCCGGCCUCCUCUUGCAACGUGGGAAACGUCUUCAUACGCUUCAACGUCACACGGGAGAGCAGGACCACCGACGAUACAGCAGCACCAGCAAGGCAAACCAACAGCACCUGGGCGUGAGGCUCCCCCUGAGACCGACGCAUGCACAGAUGCUUCAAUGAAACAUCUAAGAACACGAGGCGGCACAGCCUUCGAAGGCUGCCUUGCUGCAUAUCCUGCAGCGGGAAAGAUUUUGAGGGGAGGUGAGCAGCCAACCUUCAUCUCAGAGGGCCCCCCAAAGCAAUGUUGUCUCCAAAAGGAGACACUUAAUCUGUGUGGCAGGGAGAGGUCUGCCGAGCCACAUAGGCCAAGCAGCAGCAGCUGCCCCCGCGAUGGGGAGGCCGAGCCCGCUGAUACGAGAGAGCAUGUCGCGACUGCGCAUGCAGCAGCACAAGACUUCUUUUUAGAGACAGAUGAAGAGAACAAUGCAACCUCAGAGGGCCUGCCUCCGGAGGGAAGCGUCUCCAGCGAUGCGGAGUUUGCUGCACUGCUGCGGGAGGCAGAGGUUCACGACCGCAUGCAAGAGAUGAUGAGUCUGUGGCCAGAAAGGUGCGCCUCCUCCUUCCCAGGAACUCCUAAAAUGAGGUUAUACGAGAGUCUAAACCCCACAAGCGCGCAAGUGAGUGCCGGUGGGCCCCCUGUAGUAGCAGCAGCAAAAGCCAGCAACGAGGCUGUCUCCCCUUCACCAGCAGCAAGAACCAGCAAGGAGCGUGGUCCCCUCUGGAUGCAUGCGACUUUCCUGAGUAGCCCUGAGGUUGUCUCAAUGAGGGGCCCCGGGGUAUUUAAGGCGGAGGGCUGCGGAAGCCCUUCUCCCGAAGCAAUUCAACCCAUCUUCCUGCAACAAACACAAACAUCACACCAACCACCUUCUCCUUGCCUCAUCCCCCAACAACAAACAAGCGAACGCUGCCCCGUGGCUUUGCAAGCAGCUGAGGCCAAACUGCAGGGGGGCACAAAUGGAGUGACGCCCGCAUCAAUCAGCAGCAACAACACAGACGCCUCCUGCGCAGCAGCAGCAGCAGCAGCGCAGCAACAUGCUGCCUCAAACAGCAGGGGAACACAUACGACCACUGUUGAAUCCUGUGCAAACAACAAAACGCUUCAUGAACAUCGAUCUACACGUUCACGGUGCAGGUCAAAUCACUUGGGAAGGCCGCCUAUUCCUCCUAAAGACCUCAUCGCAGCAGCAGAACAGAUGGCACUCCAGCAACGCCUCGCACAGAACGCUCAGGAAUUCAGGAAGCAGCUGCUGCUGCAGAUGCAGCAGAACGAACUCCAUCCUAUUUAA